UCUUGCCCUCAGCUGCAUCUCCAAACGUCUCAUCCGAAGCUCCUUCAGCCCUUCCUGGUCUAACUACUCCACUCUAGUCCCCUCCGCAUUGUGGUCAUAGGAAGACGCACUUACACCGGAUAGUGUGGAACGAAGACUUGGGUCUCUUCUCGAAACUGUCGCCGAGCUUCAGGACAUGCUCCUCCUGGUCAUGCAGCAGGUUCGAUCCGCCGUUCAUGUCUGCACAGUCUGACAUAAACAACCAGACCUCGAGUGGUUCCCCUCAAACCCCCGGCUAUUGGGAGGAUGGAAAGAUAUUAGCACUGUGGCUAAUGAUAGCAAAACAUCCGGUUCCUCUCAACUUCCUCUCUGCUCCGCCGGCGUCCGUCCAUCAAAACCUUCCGACCGACACUUCCAGUGAGCUAAGGUUACCCUCAAACGGACUGUAAAAGGAAAUAAACAACAAAUUGUUUGUUGAAGUAGCUACCGUUUAUAGAGACGUUCCAUGUCUAAUAGAGAAAUAUAUGAAUUCUCCUUUGUUUAAUUAACUUACUCGGAAGAUUUAAGGGACCGGACCCGAACGGAAUGUUGCGCGAGCGGUGCGUUUCUGUUCGUCGGAGUUGCUCCAUACGUGGAUAUUAACACGUCGUUAAUGUUUAAUGCGACGUGAAAUUGACUUUCCCCGCAAUCGAGCCUCACUCUCGGCUCAAAUAUGUCGGAGGAACCGCUGGAGUGUGUCCCAGGGGGAGACACCGAGUCUUCGGUCCCAAGUCCACCACUGACCCUCGAGACACACACGAGCGCCGGAGAGGGUCAGACCGGAAACGACAGCGGUCCGGUUCUGGUGUCUGCGUUCAAACAGAUGAAGCUGGAAAAGGACGCGCAGAAAAACUGGGACUUGUUCUACAAGCGGAACUCCACCAACUUUUUCAAGGAUCGACACUGGACCACCAGAGAGUUCCAGGAGCUGCGGGACUGGAGCCAGGGUGCCCGCGGGACGCUGGUGCUGCUGGAGGCUGGCUGUGGUGUCGGGAACUGCAUCUUCCCACUGCUGCAGGACGGUGACCUUAAUGUCUUCGUCUACGCCUGCGACUUUUCACCACGAGCCAUCGACUUUGUGAAGAAAAACCCUCUGUUCUGCUCUGAUCGAUGCCGGGCCUUCACCUGUGACUUGACCCGAGAGGACCUGAGGGAGAACGUUCCGGAGGCCGGCGUGGACGUGGUGACGCUCAUCUUUGUUCUGUCUGCCGUCCACCCGGACAAGAUGAAGCAGGUCGUGGUUAACAUCAGUCGGGUUCUGAAGCCAGGAGGCGCCGUUCUUUUCCGGGACUAUGGAGUCCAUGACCACGCUAUGAAGAGGUUCAAGUCCAGCAGCAAACUGGGGGACAACUUGUACGUCCGGCAGGACGGGACCAGAUCCUACUUCUUCAGUAAAGACUUCCUGGCACAGAUGUUCACCGAGUCAGGUUUCCUGUGUGUCGCUAACGACUAUGUGAUGCGAGAAACCAUCAACCGCAAAGAAGGACUCAACGUUCCAAGAGUCUUCCUGCAGAGCAAGUUCAUCAAGACAGCCAAUCACAGCACAGCAGAGCAUGACAGCUGACCCGCCUGCUUCCUGUCAACUUUAGAAACAUUUAUGCAUUUUUGUUGCUCAAAGUAAGAUUUUAAUUGAAGUUUGUUUCUGACAAGAAUAAAGACUGAGGGAGGAUGAUGGUGGUGAUGAUGAUGAUGAUGAGUCAGACACCUGAGAGAAGAAGGACAUGUUCAAACUUUGUUUAGUUCUGUGUGCGUCCACUCACCACUUCCACUGUGCACUGCCACCGUGAUCAUGUGACCACUCGCAGUGUUGUUUUCCUCACAGGAGCUGAGGCACUGGUAGAUCCCACUGUCGUUUCUAGUCACUGAGAAGACUUUAGUCACCACACUCCGCAGCCUCCAGCUGUCGUGGUCGAUCGUCUCGCUGACGAUGGUCAAGUACUUAGACGGCUCUUCGAGCGGGACCCUCUGGGGCUCUUCGGGUUCGAUACUGUGGGACUCUUUGGGUUGGACCCAUUUGAGCAGGACACGAUGCCACGCCACGUGGACCCAACCACAUCCAUCCAAGCUGUAGUUGGCAACACAUUUCAGUUGGAUGUUGGAGCCAGCAGGGGCCUCGAUCUUCUGCCGAUGGUACAGCAACUUCACCACAUCUGUGGAGGAAUGGGAUUAACAUAACAGCUGAGGAACAUCUGGACUCGCCUGUGUCUCCUGGUGAGCCAACGUCAAUAAACAAGACUGGACUGGGGUCUCACCUAUUUCAGACCCUUGACCCAGACCUUUGCAGGAGCUGGUGAUGAUGAGAAAAAUCCAAACUGAAGAAGGAAACAUCUUGAAACGUCAGUGAAGAGAAAGUGUGUGUGUGUGUUUCCUCUGCAGCACAGAGCUUCCUGUGCCUGAGGUGGGUGGUCUUCAGUAACACUCAUCACUAGGACACACUUAACUCUUCUGAAACAACAGAAAAAACGAGCAGAACCAAGUCAUGAAGACUGUUGCAGGAAUUAAU